GCAGGAGCCGCCGCCAUUUUGGUUCCGCCGCCUCGCUCGGCUCAGGCCCCGCCGCGGCGGCCGCUCGGUCCCGGUCCCUCCCCGGCCCCGUCCGCGCCCGGGCGGCCGCGGGGAUGCGGCGCGGAGCAGCCCGUGCUCGGCCCCGGCCGCGCUGCCGCUGACACGAGUGAAAGAUGUUGACUGCCCAUAGUGGAACAGCUCUCCUGAGGAACAUAUCUCUGUAAAUCUUCCCUAAAAUCACCCGAAGGCAAAUAUUCCGCCUGUGAUGGACCCUCGGAAUACUGCUAUGUUAGGCUUGGGUUCUGAUUCUGAAGGGUUUUCUGGGAAAAGCCCCUCUGUGGUAAACAUUGGCACCUUGGUGGGCAAAGGGGAAGCAGAGCUCGAAGGCUGCAGCAAGGAGGAGGAGGAGGGGAGGAAGAAGAGCAGGGAGGAGAGCGGGAAGAGCGAGGCUCUGGGCGAUGCGCAGCAGCAGUUCUCGGUGAAAGAAACCAACUUCUCCGAGGGAAACCUCAAACUGAAGAUUGGCCUUCAAGCAAAGAGGACAAAAAAACCUCCCAAGAACCUGGAGAAUUAUGUCUGCAGGCCUGCCAUAAAAACCAGCAUCAAGCAGCCAAGAAGGGCUCCCAAGAGUGGGAAGAUGACAGAGGAGAAGAGCGAGCACUGUCCUUCAAAGCAAGACCCUUCAAAGUCUUACAAGAAAGCUGGAGAAGUUGCAUCAGUUGAGUUACACGUGGAAGAAGGUAUCGAAGUAGAAACAACCCCUUUAUCUAAGAAAGUUUCCCCAUUGCAUUCUGAAAUGACAGAUUAUAUAAAGUCAUCUCCUCCGACUCUUAUCAGUAGCCAUAAUUCUGACUUAAAGGAUAGAACAGAAAUUAACGGAGCAACAACCGUCACAGAAAAAUUGGCUCAACUUAUUGCAACUUGUCCUCCUUCCAAGUCUUCCAAAACAAAGCAGAAGAAGCCCGGAAGUGGAAAUGGAGCUACAUCUGGUUUGGUGAAAGACUCUGGGAAGAAGCUGCCAGGAACCAUAACUACGAGUGGCUUGGUUAACAAAGAUUUGGUGAAGAAACUGCCAGGCUCUGGGAUUGCUGUUGGGCUGGUGAACAAGGACUCAGGGAAGAAGCCAUUAGGGAUUGGCAGCGCAGCCAUACUGGUUAACAAAGACUCUGGGAAGAAGCCCCAAUCAAUCAGCCCCUUAAUUGGAUUGGUUAGCAAGGACUCUGGGAAGAGGCCUCCAGGGAUCAGCACUCCAACAGGGUUAGUCCACAAGGAUUCGGGAAAGAAGCAGCCAGUGACCAGCUCUGCAGUUGGAUUGAUCAGCAAAGAUGUGGGGAGGAAACUUCCAGGGAUCAGCACUCCAACUGCGCUGACUAACAAGGAGCCUCUCAAGAAGCCAGUAGGGAUCAGCACUCCAGCAGGAUUGGUGAGCAAGGAUGCUGGGAAGAAGCUGUUGGGAAUAAAUAGUCCUACAGGUCUGCUUAACAAGGAUUCUGGAAGGAAGAUGCCAGGGCCUGGGAACAGCACAGCUCUGGUUAGCAAAGACUCUGGAAGGAAGACACCAGGGAUUGCCAGCCCGAUGGGACUGGUCAGCAAGGACCCUGGGAGGAAGAUGCCAGGAAUUAGCAGUCCCGUGGGAUUGGUUAGCAAGGACUGUGGGAAGAAGCCAGCAGGGAUUGGCAGUCCAGCUGGUUUGGCUAACAAGGACUCUGGAACUCUGAAAGCAGACUCCCUCGUGCCCUCCUCAGAGCCCUUUAAGCUUCCUUGCAACUCAAACCUCAGUAGCCUUGAAAGCCAUGAGCCUGCGGAUUUACUGAAGGAAAAUACUACCAGCAAAACCUUUGAGAAGCACAUUAUGAGACAGAGCAAAGAAAGUAUCUUGGACAAGUUUUCAAUUCGGAAAGAAAUUGCUGAUGUAGGCAAAGAGAUGUUCAAUGAAGGAAUGUGUGUUCCACAGGAUGCCUACUCAUCCAGUGAGAAAGGGAUUUAUGAAACGUCUAAGCACGAAAAGCAGCCUCCAGUUUAUUGCACUUCACCAGACUUCAGGACAGGAGGUGCCUCAGAGGUGUCGACAGCCAAGUCCCCGUUCAGCGCAGUGGGAGAGGGGAAUCUCCCAUCUCCUUCCCCCACAGUGUCUGUCCCCACCCUGAACAGGAGCCUCUCCACAGCCUCCUCCCAGCUGGCGUCCAACUCCUUGCACUUAAGUUCCACGGCAGAGCUCUUGGAAGGCAUUUCAGAUCCCAUGGGCAAAAUGCCGUUCUCCUCGGACAGCUCCCUGCUGAGUCUGAACAGGACAUUGAACCACACCCUCGGCACUGAUUUUAAAGGUGCUGAGAAAGACUUAAGUGAUUCAAAAGCAUCUUACGUGGAAACUUCAAGAACAAGUCCUCCCACAGGGAAAAAGCCCAUUUUGGCAGCUGAGACGAGCAUCCACGCUACUGUCACCCCUUCAGUAGUUAGUUUUACCAGCUUGUUUGGUAGCAAGCAGUUCCUCAAGAUCGGUGCAAUAGCUGCAUCCGAGAAAUCCUGCCAAGGGGCAAAAAACCUGAGCAGCACUCAGCAAUCAAAACCUUUAAAGAAAAGAAAAGGAAGGAAGCCACGAUGGACUAAAGUGGUGUCAAGAAGCGCGUGCCGACCUCCAAAGGGUCUGGAACUAGAAAGGUCAGAGCUUUUUAAAAACAUUUCCUACAGUGCACUAUCGAGCAGUAAUUUGGAGCAGGCCAAAUUCCUGAAAAACAUCGGUUCCUCCUCAUUUGUGGAGCAUGAAUUUGUCAAACAUCAGUUGCCAAAGCUGAACGAAGCUAAUGGACAGUCCCUGGCACUGCUGGCUGAGACUGACAAACAAACUCAGAAGUUCUACAGCGCUCACAAACAGCCCUCUAGCUUGUGUAUGUCGGAUGAUUUCUUACCUGACAUAUACAAACCCAAGAGAGGAAGACCUAAAGCCAAGGAAAUGCCAGAACUCGAAGGUCCCCCCAAAAGAACUCUUAAGAUCCCAGCUUCAAAAGUCUUCUCGGUGCAGUCGAAAGAGGAGCAAGAACCUCCGAUUUUGCAGCCUGAAGUCGAAAUUCCCUCCCUAAAACAAAGCUUAUCAGGACAAGCUUUUCCUAAAAAGAGAGGGAGACCCAAAAGGCAGAUCCGGUCAUCGAUUAAAAUGAAACCACCUAUUCUGUCUGUGGCACCUUUUGUUGGAACAGAGAACUCGAGCAAGAUGGGGCCUGAGAGUGAGCAGCAUCGACCCGGGGAGUUCUUUGAGAGGAAGGACCAGCUCCGAGGGCCAGAAGAAGUCCAAAGCCCCAGUAUUUGUAGCAUGAGUGAUUUGGAAGUAGACUCAGACAGAAAAGUUGCCAAGAGAAAUAAUGGACAGUUAAUGAAAACAAUCAUUCGAAAAAUAAAUAAAAUGAAAACUCUGAAGCGAAAGAAACUUCUGAAUCAGAUUCUGUCCAGUACAGUGGAACCAAAUACCAAAGGGAAGAUGCAAUCCAAGCUCCACAACACCGUGUCAACUCUUGCUGCCACAUUUGGUUCAAAACUAGGCCAGCAAAUCAAUGUCAGCAAGAAAGGAACAAUUUACAUAGGAAAAAGGAGAGGGAGGAAACCCAAAGCUGUCCUGAACGGCAUUUUAGCCAGCAGCGCUGCCAGUCUGACGGUUCUGGAGAAGUCUGCCCAGCAAGCUCCUGGCACGUCCCUAGGACAAGUCCUUCCCCACUUGCUGCCCUCGGCAGCGAACCCCUCGGAGAUCCUCCCGUCCCCGGUUUGCUCCCAGUCCUCGGCCGUGAGCGGGGGGCAGAGCCCCGUGAGCAGCGAGGCGGGGUUCAUCGAGCCCAGCUCGGUGCCCUACCUGCACCUCCACUCCAGGCAGGGCAGCGUGGUGCAGACGCUGGCCAUGAAGAAAGCAGCCAAGGGCAGGAGGAGGUUGUCCCCACCCACGCUGCUGCCCAACUCCCCGUCCCACCUGAGCGAGCUGACGUCGCUCAAAGAGGCCACCCCGUCCCCCGUCAGCGAGUCCCACAGCGACGAGACCAUCCCCAGCGACAGCGGGAUCGGCACGGACAACAACAGCACUUCGGACCGAGCGGAGAAGUUCUGCGGGCAGAAGAAGAAGAGGCACUCCUUCGACCACGUGUCCCUCAUCCCACCCGAGACUUCCACCGUGCUGAGCAACCUGAAGGAAAAGCACAAGCACAAGUGCAAGCGCCGCAGCCACGAUUACCUCAGCUACGACAAGAUGAAGAGGCAGAAGAGAAAAAGGAAAAAGAAGUACCCUCAGCUCCGAGGGAGGCAGGACCCUGAUUUCCUCGCUGAGUUAGAGGAGUUAAUAAGUCGAUUAAGUGAAAUUAGAAUAACCCACAGAAGUCACCACUUCAUACCCCGAGAUUUGCUGCCUACCAUUUUCAGGAUAAAUUUCAAUAGUUUCUACACCCACCCUACUUUUCCUUUAGAUCCUUUGCACUACAUUAGAAAACCUGAUUUAAAGAAAAAGAGAGGCAGGCCUCCAAAAAUGCGGGAAGCUAUGGCAGAAAUGCCUUUCAUGCAUAGCCUCAGCUUUCCCCUGUCCAGCACCGGGUUCUACCCCUCCUAUGGCAUGCCUUACUCCCCUUCUCCCCUGGCAGCUGCUCCCAUAGGAUUAGGUUAUUAUGGAAGGUACCCUCCGACUCUUUACCCUCCUCCACCCUCUCCUUCUUUCACUACCCCCCUGCCCCCACCUUCCUACAUGCAUACAGGCCACCUGCUUCUCAACCCCACCAAAUACCACAAGAAGAAGCAUAAACUCUUGCGCCAGGAAGCUUUCCUCACCACGAGCAGGACUCCUCUGCUGUCCAUGAGCACGUACCCCAGCGUCCCACCCGAGAUGGCCUACGGCUGGAUGCUGGAACACAAGCACAGGCACCGCCACAAGCACCGGGAGCAUCGUUCCUCUGAGCAGCCCCAGGUUUCCAUGGACACCAUCACGGCCAACAGCUCCUCCAGAACGGUUCUGGAGUCCUUGAAGCGCUACAGGUUUGGGAAGGAGGCUGUUGGCGAUAGGUACAAACAUAAAGAGAAACACAGAUGCCACAUGGCUUGUCCUCACCUAUCACCUUCCAAGGGUUUGCUAAGCAGAGAGGAGCAGUGGGUCAGGAGAGAGCCCUCGGAGUCCAAUUCCUUGGCACUGGGAUUGCAGACCCCUCUGCAGAUAGACUGCUCCGAAAAUUCCCCAGCUCUGUCCCUGGGGGGAUUCACUCCCGGCUCGGAGCCAGCCAGCAGCGAUGAACACACAAACCUUUUCACAAGUGCAAUAGGCAGCUGCAGAGCCACCAGCUCUGCCAGCACCAACGGACGUAAAAAGUUACCCGAGAGCCCCGGACUCUUCAGCGGGCAGGACGCGGCGCUCAGCCGGCCCCUCCGGAAGGAGCCCGUGCCUUCUUCCCUGGAGAAGCCACUGGCAGGCACUUUGCCAAGCCAGGACAAGCCCUCGCAGAGGCAGUCGGAGAGCACGAGCUGCAGCCCUUCCAGGAAGAGAUCCACGUCAGAGAGCACUUCUUCUCCAGGGGUGGCAGCUCCGGCCCGCAGCGCCCGCCUGGCCCCGGCGCCCGAGGACGCGGUGGACACGCUGCUGCAGCGCAUGGCGCAGCAGGACGGGCCCCCCGCGCUGGACAAGAGCCUGGAGGCCGUCAUGGCCGGGCCUCCUGCGGCCAGCCCGGCGCGGAACCACUCCCGGGAGCGAGCCCUGGGCAAGCAGGACGGGCUGGGCGCCGCCAGCGUGCCCGGCGGCGAGGGCAUCGCCCUGCUGCAGGAGCGCCUGCCCGGCAGCUACUCCCCGCGCCACCUCAAGAGGAGCGUGGUGGAGGCCAUGCAGCGCCAAGCGAGGAAAAUGUGCAAUUACAACAAGAUCCUGGCCACCAAAAAAAAUCUGGACCACGUCAACAAAAUCCUGAAAGCCAAAAAGCUGCAGAGGCAGUCGAGGACGGGGAACAACUUCGUCAAGCGGCGGCCGGGGCGGCCGCGCAAGUACCCGCUGCAGGCCGUGGUGUCCAUGCAGGCGUUCCAGGCGGCCAGGAUGGUCAGCCAGGAGCUGCAGGACGGGGAGCAGAGCAGCAGCCCCCUGCACCUGGGCCCCGACACCAUCACCGACGUCAUCGAGGCCGUGGUGCAGAGCGUCAACCUCAACCCCGAGCACCGCAAAGGCUGGAAGAGGAAGAGGUGGCUGCCCGAGGAGCAGGCCAGGAAGAGGCACAAGUCUUUGCCUGAAGAUGAGCAGGAGAGCAAUAAGAGUUUCUCUGAGACAGCAGCUGAACCUCCCAGUCCACAUGAGGCCCUUGGGAAAGCACCUGAAUCUGAAACCCCUGAGCAGCCUUUGCCUCCUCUAACCCAGCGUGAGAAGAAAGCCCCUCGACCCCCAAAGAAGAAGUACCAGAAGGCUGGGCUCUACUCUGAUGUCUACAAAACAACAGACCCCAAGAGCCGCCUGAUCCAGCUGAAGAAGGAGAAGCUGGAAUACACCCCAGGGGAGCACGAGCACGGGCUGUUCCCAGCCCCUAUCCACGUUGGGAAGUACCUCAGACAAAAGAGAAUCGACUUCCAGCUGCCUUACGACAUCCUCUGGCAGUGGAAACACAACCAGUUGUAUAAAAAGCCAGAUGUCCCACUUUAUAAAAAAAUCCGUUCCAAUGUCUAUGUGGAUGUCAAACCUCUCUCUGGCUACGAGGCCACCACGUGCAAUUGUAAGAAACCAGAGGAUGACAGUGGGAAGGGCUGUGUGGAGGAUUGUCUGAACAGGAUGAUCUUUGCCGAGUGUUCCCCCAACACCUGCCCCUGUGGGGAGCAGUGCUGCAACCAGCGCAUCCAGAGGCACGAGUGGGUGCAGUGCCUGGAGAGGUUCCGGGCUGAGGAGAAGGGCUGGGGCAUCCGUACCAAAGAGCCCCUGAAAGCAGGACAGUUCAUCAUCGAGUAUCUGGGAGAGGUUGUUAGUGAGCAAGAAUUCAGGAACCGGAUGAUUGAGCAGUACCACAACCACAGCGACCAUUACUGCCUGAACCUGGACAGCGGCAUGGUCAUCGACAGCUACCGCAUGGGCAACGAGGCUCGCUUCAUCAACCACAGCUGCAACCCCAACUGUGAGAUGCAGAAAUGGUCUGUGAACGGUGUGUAUCGGAUCGGGCUCUAUGCACUGAAGGACAUGCCUGCUGGGACUGAGCUCACCUAUGACUACAACUUCCACUCAUUUAAUGUUGAAAAGCAGCAACUCUGUAAAUGUGGCUUUGACAAAUGCAGAGGAAUAAUUGGGGGUAAAAGUCAGCGCAUGAAUGGACUCUCAAGCAAAAGCAACCAGCCUGUGAGCACCCACAGAAGACCUGGGAGGUCGAAAGAGAAGAGGAAGUCAAAGCACAAACUAAAGAAGAGAAGGGGCCACAUCCCUGAGGAACCCAGUGAAAGCGUGAACGCCCCAACCAGGCUGACACCUCAGCUGCAGAUGAAGCCCAUGUCUAACAGGGAAAGGAAUUUUGUGCUGAAACACCACGUGUUCCUGGUACGGAACUGGGAGAAGAUCAGGCAGAAGCAGGAGGAAGUGAAGCACGUCAGUGACAGCAUGCACAGCUCGUCGCUGUACACGCGCUGGAACGGGAUCUGCCGCGACGACGGCAACAUCAAAUCAGACGUGUUCAUGACCCAAUUCUCGGCGCUGCAGACGUCGCGCUCGGUGCGGACGCGGCGCUUGGCGGCGGCUGAGGAGAACCUCGAGGUGGCUCGUGCCGCCCGCCUGGCUCAGAUCUUCAAGGAGAUAUGUGACAGCAUCAUAUCCUACAAAGGUGAAGACUCCUCCAGGCAAGUGCUGGCAACUCCUCUCCUGAACCUGCCCCCAAAGAAAAAAAAUGCAGACUAUUAUGAAAAGAUCUCUGACCCCUUGGACCUUGCCACGAUUGAGAAGCAGAUCCUGACUGGUUACUACAAAACUGUGGAAGCUUUUGAUGGGGACAUGCUGAAGGUCUUCAGGAAUGCAGAGAAAUACUACGGCAGGAAGUCCCCGACGGGGCGGGACGUGUGCCGGCUGCGCAAGGCUUACUACAACGCGCGGCACGAGGCCUCGGCCCAGAUCGACGAGAUCGUGGGGGAGACGGCGAGCGAGGCCGACAGCAGCGAGACCUCGGUGUGUGACAAGGACAACGGGCACGAGAAGGACGAGGACGUCAUCCGCUGCAUCUGCGGCCUCUACAAGGACGAGGGGCUGAUGAUCCAGUGUGAAAAGUGCAUGGUGUGGCAGCACUGUGACUGCAUGGGUGUGAACUCGGAUGUUGAACACUACCUGUGUGAGCAGUGUGAACCUCGAGCUGUGAACAGGGAGGUUCCUAUGAUCCCUCGGCCUCACUAUGCCCAGCCUGGCUGUGUUUAUUACAUCUGCCUCUUGAGGGAUGAUCUGCUGCUCCGCCAAGGUGACUGCGUGUACCUGAUGAGGGACAGCCGCAGGACCCCCGACGGGCACCCGGUGCGGCAGUCGUACCGCCUGCUGUCCCACAUCAACCGCGACAAGCUCGACAUCUUCCGCAUCGAGAAACUCUGGAAAAACGACAAGGAGGAGCGCUUUGCCUUUGGCCACCACUAUUUCCGUCCACACGAAACUCACCAUUCCCCGUCUCGCAAGUUCUACCACAACGAACUCUUCCGGGUGCCCUUGUACGAAAUCAUCCCCUUGGAGGCCGUGGUGGGGACGUGCUGUGUGCUAGACCUCUACACCUACUGCAAAGGGAGGCCCAAGGGUGUGAAGGAGCAGGAUGUUUACAUCUGUGAUUACCGCCUGGAUAAAUCAGCUCACCUCUUCUACAAGAUCCACCGCAACCGCUACCCCGUGUGCACCAAGCCCUACGCCUUCGACCACUUCCCCAAGAAACUCACGCCCAAGAGGGAUUUCUCACCUCAUUAUGUGCCAGACAACUACAAGAGGAACGGAGGCAGGUCAUCCUGGAAAUCGGAUCGCUCGAAACCACAGAUCAAAGACUUAAACCAAGAGGAAGAUUCCCUGCCCCUCAUGGAGGAGGUGCUGGGGGCCCCUGAGCAGGCUCCAGGGGAGGUGCCCUGCCCCGAGGAGCCCGACAAGGAGCCCGUGGCCAGCGAGAGCUGCGAGGCUGAGAAGAAGGGGGACGAGAACCCCUCGGACACGAGGCCGCUCUGCAGCCCCGAGGAGCGGCGGCACCUCCAGAGGGAGAGGCUGAACCAGAUCCUGCUCAACCUCCUCGAGAAAAUCCCAGGGAAAAACGCCAUCGAUGUCACCUACCUGCUGGAGGAAGGAUCGGGUCGGAAGCUGCGGCGCCGCACUCUGAGCAUCCCCGAGAGCAGCUUCAGGAAGUGACCCAGGAGGGACAGCCGAGCUCUGGGGUCUGUCAGGGCUGGGGGCAGAGCCCAGCCUGGGCAAGGGGAGGCAGCAGCAAACUGACAAAAUACAAACAGUAGCACCUGGGGGGCCGGGCCGGCACGCUGCCCACCCUGCUCUGCAGUGCUCUUGGUGUGUGUGUUGGUGGGCGUGCCUUGUAUUGAUGUUAGGUACUGAGGAAACCUCGUGGUUAUUGUCCAGGAUGGUCAAAUUUAAUUUAUUUUUGCUUGAUAUUCCCACUCAGAGGAAAAAAAAAACAACAAAAUUUAAAAAAAAAUAGAAAUAGGGAGGAUAGAGGAAAAAGGACUGAGUUACUCUGAGGAGGAUGUUCCCCACGGUCACUGCUAACCUGGGAUUGUACCAGCCACCCUCAGCACUCCAGGCAAGGGAAUCCAGGAAUCCAGAGGGGAGAGGAAAGGCCCAGCAGUGGCUUAAGAGGAAAAGCUGCCCUGAAGCUGCGGCCUCUGAUUUGCACAAGUUCCAAGAAGAGAGAAACGUCCCCAGAGGAGCCGUGGGACAGCUGAGCUCGUGUCCCUGCGGUCUGUGCCAAGGAGAAGCUUCCAGAAGCCCUUGGAGCGGGGCAGGAGCGCUGGGAUGAGGCACUUGCUGUGCAGGGGGGAGGGGGUGGGUGGGGUGUGAGGUUUUUUUCACUUUUUUUCUGCAGAGAAAUUUUAUAAAAGCGAAGUCAGCUCCUUGACGCCACCAUUGCUGUUGGUUUUUUUGAUAAGCUGUGGUUCUCGUGUGUCUCGUGUGUUGUGCAAAUAAAAAUCUGUUAAAAGAAAAAAAAAAAAAGGAAAAAAAAAACAACAACAAAAGAAGAAAAAAAAACUAAAAGAAAACAAAAAAAAAUAAAUAAACCAACCCAGGACCCUUUCACUCCGUGCCCGUCAGGCAGUAUCCGAGCGAGUGUUUGUCGUGAGCUGUAGAAUUUAUCGAAUUUAUCAACUGCUAACACUACCCUCGUGUGCUGGUGGACAGCGGCCCCACCCGCGGCGAUUGUCGCGAUUGUCGCGAUAGUCCCGCCAGCCCCGGGGCCGGGCGGCGCCCGCUGCUCCCGGACCUGGCUUUGCUUUCCUGUCUCACAUGCAUAUCCAGUCCUGUUUUAGGUGUUCUUAUAAGAAAUCCGGUUUUUAAUGUGCCAAGUUGUAUAUAUCUGCUGCGUGGAUGUAAAGCAAUACCGUAGUUACAUGUUCCUUUUUAUGGACCAAGCUCGUCCUAAUGUACAUUCUUGUUAUUAUUAUAAUUAUUUUACUCUUAGUGGAACAUGACUCAUUCCAUUAACUUUUAUGUGUUGAUUUAAAAAGAGAAAACAAAACAAAAAAAAAACCACGAAAAAAAAAAAAGAAAGGAAAAAAACCCUUUGAGAAAAAAAAAAUAUUUUAUUAAAAAAAAAAAAGAAAUAAGAAAAUAGUUUGGAAUAUUUUCUUACUGUAGAGAAGCACUGUACAGUACCAGGAACCCUGAGUAUAAAAUACUCGUGCGUGUAGUAGGAAUAUCGCAUGUCCAAACCCUCGAGUUGUCUCAUUUAGUUUCAAACAGAAAUCAUUGUCUCAAAUGGUGUUAAACACUAAAAAGUUUUUAAAAAAUAAAAAAAUAAAGUGCGUACAGAAGCGAGACACUAGCUCUGUCAUUUUAUCUUUCUUUUGUUGAAAGACUAAACAAAAUGUUUUUUAGACAAUCAAAUGUUAGGUAAGUGCAAAGAAUUGUUUUUUCUUACUGGUGUAGAAAUUAAUGACUUUUUUUAUUUUUUUGGUUAUUUUAUAAUACUGAGCAGACCCGUGUGUCCCCAGGAUCGCCGCCGGAGCCAGGAAGCACUACGUUACUGCAAAUAGAGCUGAACCUUAGUCUGCAUGGGUGUAGGCUGUGUGAUUGCUGAAAAUAAAUGCUGCUAAUAUAUUUCCUUUUUACAAAGCAUAUCUAAAUAGAUCAUUGUUUUGAUGUUAAUCUUUGUAAAUUAUGUAUUACCAAUUUUAACAUUGGAUGUAAUUGCAUAAAAAGCCUGCAUCUCAAUCCUGAGAGUCUAGUAUUAAAUGGAAAAAUCUUUUCCUA